GGCGGGGCUUUGUCGAAUGCGGAUAGGAAAAGAAGCGAAGUCAAGUCAUAGCCGGUAAAGCAAGAUGGCGUCGCAGCAGGGAGAAGUGGACGAGCUGUUCGAUGUUAAAAACGCCUUUUAUAUCGGAAGUUAUCAACACUGCAUCAACGAGGCACAGAAAGUUAAGACCUCUGGACCGGAGAAAGAGCUGGAGAAGGAUAUUCUCCUAUACAGAGCGUACAUCGCACAGAGGAAGUAUGGAGUGGUGCUGGAGGACAUCAAGUCGAGUUCCUCUGAGGAGCUGAAGGCCGUGCGGAUGUUCGCGGAGUACAUGUCCAGCGAAGCCAAAAGGGAUGCCAUCGUGACGGAUCUGGAUGGGAAAAUGAGUAAGAGCGUGGACGUGUCCAACACCACCUUCCUUCUGAUGGCUGCGGCCAUCUACCUGCACGAGGGGAACACGGACGCGGCUCUGCGCACGCUGCACCAGGGCGACAGCAUCGAGUGGUUGGUGUUCCAAAAAUGCUUUUACACUCCUGGAACGCUCUGUGAAAGACGUACAAGUCUAAUCUGUGUGUGUGUGUGUGUGUGUGUGUGUGUGUGUGGCAGCAUGGCGAUGAGUGUUCAGAUCCUUCUGAAGCUGGACAGAGUGGACGUGGCGAGGAAGGAGUUGAAGAAGAUGCAGGAACAGGAUGAAGACGCCACGCUGACUCAGCUGGCCACGGCCUGGGUCAACCUCGCCGUCGGAGGCGAGAAGCUGCAGGACGCCUUUUAUAUCUUCCAGGAGAUGUCCGAUAAAUACUCGCCCACUCUGAUCCUGCUGAAUGGCCAGGCCGCGUGUCACAUGGCUCAGUGUAAAUGGGACGAAGCCGAGUCGGUCCUGCAGGACGCCCUGGAUAAGGACAGCAGCCACCCAGAAACACUCAUCAACCUGAUCGUCUUAACGCAGCACCUGGGAAAACCUCCUGAGGUCACGAAUCGCUACCUGUCUCAGCUGAAAGACGCCCACAAGUCGCAUCCGUUCGUGAAGGAUUAUGUCGCAAAGGAGAACGAUUUCGACAGACUUGUGAUGCAGUACGCUCCCAGCGCCUGAACACAUCUGGCUCCUGACAUUCUGAACACACACACACAUUGUUUUGUUUGUAAUAUGUUUUAUUCCUGUAUACCGUUCGAAUAAAUUCCUUUAUACCCCACAGAA